CCGUGUCAGGACUAAACCCGAGUGAGUGGCGCACAUGAGCAUCAGUCUCAUGUCCCGUCUCGUCACGUCCGUAUCACCAGGAAGAUUCGUCUGUUAGUCGGUUCGAGUCCGUAUACGUACGCAGGGACAGUAUUUGUGUGUGUGUACGCUUCACAAUCAUGAUGGACAACUGCCUGAUCACCCAGCAGUUCCCCCACCUCAACGGAGUCAACCUGCCUGGCUUCCCGUACACCCACCCGCCGUACCCCCAUGCCGCCUUCGACUUCCCGCCGACCUCGUCGGGCCUGCCCGGCGGGCCCAGGCCGUUCUCCAUCGACGGGAUCCUGGGCGGCGGCGGGCACCCAAACGCCUCCUUCCCGCAGACCUCCAUGAUCCUGAACGGUGGCAUAAAUGUCAUCACCACCACGGCUGGGAACAACAAACAAGAAAGCAACAACUUGAGGGAUUCUCUACUGUUUUCCUUUGUAGAAAACGGGCAGGAUUCUGGAGAAGGCAUGCCUCCUAAGCGGAGGAGAACCAGGACCAACUUUAACUCGUGGCAGUUGGAGGAGUUGGAGCGCGCGUUUCAGGAGAGUCACUACCCGGACGUCUUCAUGAGAGAGGCGCUCGCUCUCAGGCUGGACCUCGUGGAGUCUAGAGUACAGGUUUGGUUCCAGAACAGACGAGCGAAGUGGCGUAAGAAGGAGAACACCAAGAAGGGCCCGGGCCGACCGGCUCACAACGCUCACCCCCAGACGUGCAGCGGCGACCCCAUCCCAGCAGAAGAGCUAGAGAGACGACAGAAGGAGAGAGAGGAAAGGAAGAAGAGAAAACAGCUGGAGAAGCAGAGGCAGAAAGGCGCGAUGCGAGCGGAGGGCAGCCAGGCAGGAGACGACGGGGCAGAGAAGGCUAGCCUCUCGGGCGACCUCGAUACCUCCACCGACAACCCGUGCCGAGCGGACGGGGAGAGCAGGUGGGGUGAAUCGGACUCGGGGAACACGACAGAUUCUUCCUCCACGUCCUCAAACUACGAGCGGGUACGCGCGAGGAAAGACGACACCACGGCCGCCUCUUUAGUAGUAACAGACGACCAAGAACAACAUCACCAAGACGACACGUCGUCACACCAAACGCCCAGUCACACAGAACAUUUCAACACUACCGAGGAAGCCGCCGCGACCACAGAAGAGAAUCUACCCUCCUCUGAAACAACGUUAGACAGAGACAGUGUUUCUGUAGCGGACUCGGCAACCACAACGUGCUCUACCGUGUCUACCACCCCGCCGUGUACGGCCCAAUCCCCCACCCGGCCCGCUACAAGCCCGAUCAACACCGUCACCAAAAGCCCGUACAGCAUCGAGUCGCUACUCGCUGAGCCCAAGGUACCCCGAGGGAGGAGACCCAACACCAAAUACCCUCGGGUGCAGGCCAGCAAAUCAGCCUACUCCAACGGACUUGUCCCGGUUUAUCCCAUCACUCAGCCCGUAGGCUUCAUGGUGCAGCCUUCGGUAGCAACUGCCGUGUCGCCGACGCAGGUGUCCCCGACCCUCCCCCUCGCCGCCGAGCGGCAAAACUCCAGUAUCGCCGCGCUCAGACUCAAAGCCAAAGAGCACCAAAUCACGAUAGACAGUCAGCUCGCCGAGAACUUCAGACUCUCACCAGACAGGUGUUCUGUGUAAAAA